AUGCAAACGUCAACGUCGAACAGCUUUGCGGAUGCGAAUGCGAACACGAACACGAACACCAAUGAGAACUGCAGCGGGAACAAGUGCAACGCCUCCGAAAAUACCUUCACAAAUGCGGCCACCGUAAUAUGGAUCGAAAAGGAAAAAUUAGAUUCCAUUAUUCACAUCCCCGUGUAUUCAGAUCUGUCCAAGUACGUCUCCGAUUUGAGCAGACAUCCGGUGAAGCAGAACAAGAAGGAGGAUGAAGAGGGAGGAGGAAUGCUCUCCAGGAUUUUCCUACUCUUCGAUGACAAGAGCUGCAACAUUGCCGUUGAUAUAUCGGCUAUAUACAAGUCGGAGGACAACAAAAUUCCGCUUCUCAUCUACGAGCGGUACUACUUCUGGAGCCUCCACUUCUUAUUCGAAAAGUCGAAAAUAAAAAGACAGAAGUUAAGCAUCUGCUCAGACAUCAAUGGAAGGUACGGAAUAAGCAGUCUUAACAAAUGUGAUGACGACGUGUAUAUGUACACGUCCAUUUAUAACUCUGCGUAUAAUCGAAAUGACGAUGAGAAGAACGACGGGGUUAGCAGCUUCCCUGAGCUGGGCAAAGACACCUACAAGGACGUGAACAAAGAACUGACCAUAUAUGACAAGGACUACAUAAAAUAUUUGUACCUUAAUGAUCUUAAGAAUAUUGCCAUGAUGGAAAACAAGUCGAACGGUGAAAAUGAUGUAGCUUUUAGUACAACUUCUUUCGAUGCGUUUAAGGGCAGAAUCGCGAGAGGACAUCCUCUUUUCGAAAAAGGCCUCUACCCCAAAAACGAAAUAAAAUGGUAUCGCUUGAAGAUAAAAAUUGAGAGAGCGGAGAAAAAGAAGAAAACCGAAAACAGAAAUCUCAUCAAAGGUAAAGGAUUCCCCAUCAGUAGCCACCACUUCAGUUUCAACAGCCACACCACCAGUGGAAACAGAAAUGGCGGCAUCCACCACAAUAGGAACAGAGUUUUCUCUUAUGAUCAGAGGACCCUGAACAAUCCCAACAGUUUUAAAAAAGAAACGUGUGACCCCACCUUUAACGCAAAUCUCCUGCAGAACAUCAGCCACUUUUCCCUUAUAGACAACGACGCCACGAGGGAAAAAAUUAACCAUUUAAUUAAAAUACAGAAGAGGUCCUUUUUUACGUUCAAUCAGGAGAAGGACAAAAAUUUAUUGGACAUCUCAAACGAUGAACUGUUGCUGCUUUCCCCAAAUGAAAGGAGCGAAUCCGUCUUCGAUGUCCAUAAGAGGGAAAGCCUAAGUAUCUGCGGCAAUCAGACAGGGAAGAGGCGUAAAAGGAGCAACUGGUUCUACUACAGAAGCAGCAGCAACGAAACGAACCGCGCUCUUGAUGACGACGGUAGAAGCACGUCCAGGGGUAAUUCGUUCUGCGCUCUGCACCGUGGAACUUCCCACGUGGAGAAUAAACGGAAAAAGGAAGAGGUACCUUUGGGCUGUGAACUUCGGGGUGACGACAAGAAUGCGGAUGACAAGGGGAAUGGCCCCUGUGGAAGUUUAAUCAGCUGUGACUUAGCGUGUACUCUAAGCAGAUAUCGCAAUGGAAACUGGAAGGAAGUCCGUUCACCCAAGGGAAGGCAGCCCCCCGAUGGCCACGCAGAUGACACCUUCACCAAUUCUCGCUUACCAUCGGAGAAUAGGACAUACGUUCGAACCGUCAACGUAGGGGAGUCGAGCACAGAAUUCCACAGUUUCGAUAUUGAAGAAGACGUGGAUGUAAUGACGAACGUUCCAGUAGUAGUGAUAGACCCCCCAGAGAAAAAACCGGAGAGGGUCGAAAGAGAAAUAAAAACGAAUGUACUAUUCAUGCAGGAGAAGAAGAACCCUGUAAUUAUAACCCACAACACGAAGGUGUACCAAGAAAAUGUUGACAAAUACAACUCUGAAUUAGAGAGGAUAAUAUCGGAGCCGUUUGAUCAAAAAGAAGGAAGAGAAAAAAUAAAAAAAGGAAGAGAUCACAACAUAGAUACACAAACGACUUACUUGAAUAAAAUUUUAAAAAGCAUUCUGAACAAGGAGAAGUCGCACUUGAAUUGUCUGUCGAAGAACUUUAAACGAAUUGAAGGAUUCUACAAACGGAAUUACAAAAUAUAUAUUAUCGAAAAGAAGGAUUACCUAUAUGACAGGAAAAACUGCUUUAAGAGUGACGUGAAUGCAUACAAUUUGUCCGCCCCAACAAGUGACGACACCAGUAAAGAGGUGAACAUAUUGGAUGAGUUUAAAAUGUACCUGCGAAGGUGCAAGGGGGAAUACCGCCCGAGGAUGUACCAAACGCAUAUCGCCACAGGGGCUAGCAAGCAAAUAGGAGGAGGUAAAAACGGAGUCGACUUUCAGACAAAUGUCAUCUACACAGAGAAGGUGGAACACUCCAAUGGGUACGACCCCGGUGACAACCACGCGGGGGAAAGAGAACAAAAUAAUAUUACAAUGAAGAAUACCUUAACAAAAAUUAUUCCAAAGGGAGAAGGAGAAGCAGAACAAACAGAAGGAACCUCCAUCAGUUCAUCAAACAGGGAUGCCAUAAAGACAGACCCGACAAAGAACAACCCACCCGAAGAGGGAAUCAUAUUUUAUGCGCACAAUAGGAAAAAUCCAAGCUGCGUAAAAGCGCUAAAAGAAGGAGACACGCUCUACAUAAAAUUUAACAACUCAUCUGAUGACUAUGAUAAAAUUAGGGUACUAAAAAAAGACGACCUUUUUCAAGUACUUAUUUGCCUAAUGAAGAACAAAGAGUGUCUUAAGCUGUCAAACAUAUCUACCUAUUCUCCUGACUUGCUCUGGAACCUGUCUAUGCACUUCAGAAAUAACACCUACGACAUGGAGAUGAAUUUGGAAAAAAUAUACGCCCACUUUUGUAGGCGCUAUGAGAUGACCUCUCAGGAUGAUGAGAGGCCCACCUUGGAUCUCCAGCUGGAGUUCGCACCCGUCAUGGAGGGAGUGGGUGAUCGGAAGUUCGAUACGCAUCUGCCUCAGCAACGGGGUUGUUCCCCAGAAUGGUCAUCCGACAGUCUAUCCGAGGGUUCCUCUGAGACGAUAUCAGACUCAAGCGCGAAUGCCACAAAGGGGGGGCGCAAAUUCAAAAGAAUAAGGAGAGUAAAGAGAGAAAACCUCAAAGAAAUAGAAAUCAUGAAGCUGAAGGAUUAUGUAUCCUUCCUGGAUAAAUUUCUACAAAAUGUGAAUGACGCCAAGCUAAAGAGACUUAAGAACAUACAAACGGAGUACUACAAAAAGUACGAAUUUGACAGAACCAUAAACAAGCUAAAUAAGCAACAAUUAAUCGAUCUAUUUGUUGACAGAAAAAACGAAGUGAAUACAAUACCUCUUUCUUUUUUAAAAGAAAAAAGUAGAAACAUCAUAUAUGAGGAAAACAUUAAAAUGAAUAUGUUCGCAUGUAUCAAAAUCAUAUUUGAUGAUGUGAAGGGAAGGUGUAUUUACGCAGCUAGCGAUUUGAACAAAUUUGACUUUGUCUUCGAAUACGUUGGUGAGUUGCUCACACAUAAUGAGGCAAUGGAACGGGAACGGAAAUAUAAUAAAAAUAAAAAAAAGGGAUGUUAUAUGUUCUACUUUAAGCAUGAAAAUAAAAGGUACUGUAUUGACGGCACGGAGGAAAAUAUCGAUGCCGCUAUCAAUAGUGAAGACAAAAAAUACUUCCUAAGAUCCUUCGCUAGACUUGUUAAUCAUUCGAAGAAGAAUUCCAACCUCAUUCCAAAGGUACUCACCGUUGCCAGUCUGCCCCGACUCUUCUUCGUCGCCGCACGAAACAUCAAGGAGGGCGAGGAGCUCCUCAUCGACUACGGUGAGCGUGACCGUGAGAUCAUCAAGAAUAACGAGUGGCUCAAGUGUUGA